CCGGCGACCCACUCCGAGCAUGGUUACUCGCAAACGACUUGGCUCGCAUUCGGCUUGAUUGCGGCUGGGGCGAUCGCGCUCGUGGGCACGAAUGAGAGCAGGGCUCGACCCAUGCCGAGCACCCACCCACCUCUGCCGCAAUCGCAUUUUUUCGGAUCGCUCGCACAGACAUGGAGACGCUGCCCCUCAACGAGAUCCAGGCUGCCUUUGAGGCCGAGACGGCUAUCAAGGAUAGCAUCAGCCAAGUCUCCAAGGAUCUGGAACGUGCAUGCAAGAGCAUCGUCGCCGUUCUCAACAAGAUCCACAUCACCACGACCCAGGAAGUGAUCGACGAUGCCUGCGGCAAAGCCCUGGCCCAGUUCCAGGAUGUCAAGACCCAUCUUGGGCGACUCGCGGCAAUUGUCCCGGCAAACAUGUACUUUCGAUACAGCGGGCUCUAUUACUUCCCGAUCCAGCAAGCUGUUUCGUUGGCGGCCUUUGUGAUUUACCUCAAGCACGAGCGACUCAUCUCGGUUGAGGAGCUCGAGGGCAUCCUGGGUUUGCAGCUUGCCUUGGGCAAGGAGAUCCAUGAGUUCCACCUGAACCUCGAGGAUUUUGUUUCGGGCAUUCUGUCGCUGCCCGCCGAACUCUCGCGCCUGGCUGUCAACAGCGUCACUCGUGGAGACUAUUCUCGCCCGCUCAGGAUCUCCAAGUUUGCCUCGGAGAUGUACUCGAGCAUGCAGAUGCUCAAUUUCAAGAACGAUGCGCUGCGACGCAAGUUUGACUCUGUCAAGUACGACAUCAAGAAGAUCGAAGAAGUCGUCUAUGAUCUCUCGAUCCGUGGCCUGAACAAGCCAUGAGCGGGCUGGCUGCAACCGGCUCUCGCGGCCCCAUCUCGCGGCGCCCUCGCGUCCUCUCGCCCGCUCUCGUCCCUCGCCAGUCCGGCUGGUCACGAGAGACAGCUUUUUUUCCUUCGCCGGACACAAAACUGGGCAGCGUUGCUCCCCUCCCAC